AAAACAAAGCAAAGUUGCUGACUUAAACAAAUUUUCAAAUGGAGACUAAGAACCCGCCCACUGUGACGAGCAGCUAUCACCACCAGAGGGCGCCACGUACGCCGGAGAGCUACUUCAAUGUGCCGGAGUCGGUGGCGCUACUGAACAUUGUGAAAUCGGAGCGGAUACAAAGUGCGUUCCAAUCGAAUCGGAAGAAUCAUGCGAGUGUAUGGGAAAUGGUAGCCGAGGUGCUGAACCGGUUCAGUGCGCGAAAACGUACCGCUAAGCAGUGUUGCAAUCGCUAUGAGAAUCUCAAGAAGAUUUACACACAACUCAAGAAGAAUCCGGAGCGACAUGUGCGCCGAAAUUGGCCAUAUAUGUUUCUCUUUAAGGAGAUUGAGGAACAGCGUGGAGAAUGCUGGGGAUCGAUUGGGAAGAGAUUAUCGGUCAUAUCGAAAAAUCACAAUGAAUUAUCCUAUUAUCAGAGACGUCGUCAGGCGGCCGAAUUGGGUGUACUGCUCAACAAGGAUAAUCUGACGCCCCAUCAGCACAGUCUACUGCAGAGUCUACAGAGUCACGCUCACUCCACGGACUCCUCCCAAAGUGGUGCCAGUAAAUUGGAACGAUUUCUGCCCAAUCAUUUUGUGGAGACGCAAUUAAGUGAAGGGCCCUGUACAAAUAAUGGAGGUACCGGAGCAACGGGUGUCGGCGUCGGAGCCGGAAUUGGCGUCAUUCCCAGCGCUGUCUAUGAGGAUAAUCCGCUCCAGCAAGUGGCAGGAGCGAUGGCAGCUGCUGCCGCUUCAAUUGCGGCACAAUUGAGACAGGAACAACCGCAGAACAACGGCAACAACAACCACAACAACAGUUCCAUCCACAAUGAGGAUCAGUCACAACACAAUCUGAGUCUAAAUCACAAUUUAAAUCACAAUCACAGUGCUGCAUUUAAGGAUCAUCCACAUGGCAUCCAUGAGCCUCCUGAGCCGACAGACUUUGACAAGGACUGCAAUGGAGCCCUCAAUUUGCACCACAAUCACCACCACAAUCACAGCCACAAUCUUAACCACAACAACAGCAGCAACAACAACGACAACAACAUCUCCAUGAAAUCCGAGCCGCUUUCCGAAGGUGAAUUUAAUCCGGACGACAUUCAACUAAUGCAGACCAAUUAUAAUGGGGCACAGAAUUUUUACUCGCCCAGCAUAGAUCAAAACAUACUGCAUCCGGAUGUGAUUGUGGACACGGAUAAUUUGUCCGAUUGCAGCUCAACGGGCUCGUUGAAGAGCGGCAAACGAAAUCUGUCCACAUCCACAGAUGGCGAUAGUACCAACUAUGAACUGAUCGAGUAUCUGAAGCGACGGGAGAAACGUGAUGAGGAGCUCUUAAAGCGCAUGGAUGCACGGGAGGAGCGUCUAAUGAAUCUUCUGGAGCGCACAGUCUUCGCCAUUGAGACACUCGCCGCUUCCAAAGCAACAACAACAGCAACAACAACCACAAGCAAUAUAGACUCCUCCACAGUCGCCUCCACAGCAUUGCCAAUUGUUCCAGCUACAGAAUCAGCCCAAAAUCAACCUAUAGAUCCUACACAAUCUCAAACAGAAUCCCCAUCAGAUCUUCCUCCAGAGAAUCCAGUUGCAGAUACAGAUACAGAUCUAGAUACAGAUAUAGAUACAGACGCUGUUGUUGUUGUUGUGCCCGAUGAGGAGCCGGAAGUAGCCGUCAUAACGGAUCAGCUGGAACCGCAGACGUAAAAUAAAUAGGGCUGUUGAUAUUUC